CCUGGGGCUGCUUCUGUUUCGCGGGCAGGGCAUUCGCCCGGAAAGCCAGGGCCUGCGCAGCAAUCGUGUGACAUUAUUUUCUCUACCUUUCUUGGUACUUCCUUCCUGCUUUCCGUAGCCCUCGAAGCCUAUGGGCCAGACGGGGCCUACACGCGGGGUACUGUUGAACCCAGAGUCAGGGUGUUCUAGUGCUGAAAGGUGCCAGAGGAGUGGAGCCGCCUUUAGUGGCUAAAACAGAAUGAGAAGAUGAGAGAAGCAUGCAGAGUUUGGUCCAUCACUUAGCGCCCAGGAAUAUGCUCAUCAGCUGCGUGAAAAGGACAGAGAAAUAACUAAGCACAUGGACUGGAAAUUGGAAAGGAGGGUUCAGAAAACAGAGUCACAUGUGCUACAGGAGGAAGGGGUCACCCCAGAGGACACGGGUGAAGAUGGCAUCUCUGAAAGCUUCCAGCUUCUACAGAUGGAUGUGGACUGUGAGCAUCGAGAGGAGGAGACCCUGCCCACAGGCAGUGCAGUUUGGUGCUCGAAAAAUGUCCAAAGAAAACAGAGACACUGGGAAAAGAUAGUUGCAGCAAAGAAGAGUAAAAGAAAACAAGAGAAAGAAAGAAGAAAAGCCAACCGUGUAGAAAAUUCAGGCAUCUGCCCUCAGCACAGCAAACGUUUUCUGAGAUCCUUAACCAAGGAAAAACUUUUGGGAGCCAGACAUUCAGGACCAAGACUCUGUAUUGAUUUGAGUAUGACCCACCACAUGUCUAAGAAGGAAUUAAGUAGACUGGCUGGACAGAUCCGAAGGUUGUAUGGUUCAAAUAAAAAAGCUGACAGGCCAUUUUGGAUCACCCUCACUGGAUUCGCCACAGAUAGUCCCCUAUAUGAAGAGUGUUUGAGGAUGAAUGAUGGAUUUUCUAGUUAUCUGCUAGACAUAACAGAAGAAGACUGCUUUAGUUUAUUUCCCCUGGAAACCCUCGUGUACCUGACUCCUGAUUCAGAACAUGCUCUUGAAGAUGUUGAUCUAAACACAGUUUACAUCCUUGGUGGACUUGUGGACGAAAGCAUUCAGAAGAAGGUGACAUUUCAAAAGGCCCAAGAGCACUCUGUCAAGACUGCCCGCUUGCCAAUCCAGGAAUACAUGGUCAGACGCCAGAAUGGGAAAAACUAUCAUUCAGAGAUACUGGCCAUCAAUCAAGUAUUUGAUAUCCUGUCCACUUACUUUGAGACUCAAAACUGGGCUGAAGCAUUGAAGAAAGGAGUUUCUUCCAGAAAAGGCUAUGUUCUUCAGAGCUCAGCGGAAUGAGGGACAGUCUAAGAUUGUGGCUGCAGGAGGUGAAGUUGCUCUGGUUGCCUUGACCAAAGAGCAGAGCCAAGGAUGGUGCUGGUAGCACUCAUUGCCUUGACUUGACAUCUUGGCUCUUCCUUGGGAAAGGAGUUACUAACAGGGACCACACUUUACGCUGUUUUUAUCUCCCAUAGUGCCUGGCUCACAGGAAGUGCCCAGAUAUAUGUUGACUGACCAAAAAGUUUACAUACCAAUGAAUUAGCCCUAAAAUUACAUGGCUUUGGAUGUGCUGAUCCUCUUUUGUAUGUCUAUUUGUGAAAUACCUGUUCUUUAUAAAUAGCUUCAAUAAUCAAGUAAGUAUUGCUGUAAUUUUCACUUCACUGGCAGCAUAAAGUUGUGUCUUUCUCCAGCCACGUCAAUCAUGCCGAUUUUCCCCAACUCAGUAAUAUGCUGUACAUAUGCUUUGCAGGAUCAGCCUGUCCUAACUCAGCCCUGCUUUAAGCCCCCAAGAGCACUUUGUUCCCAUCUGUGGCUUCUACUGUCUCCCCUAUUCUGAGGAUGGGUGUGAAGGGCUUCUCUCCUCCUAAUGGUAGCCUCCUAACAAUCUGUGGGAGUAUCUUUGUAUAUUUCUGAGCCUUGUACAGACUAUAUUCUUCAUAUUUGAUUGUGAUUAACAGGUCCGUUUGAAAAGCAAAAACACAGUAUUGAUAGGUCUACCUUGAAAAUAACCAGAAAAUACAUUGCCUCUGACAUAAGCGUGUUUGAUGAUAUAAAUCUCAGUGAUCUCCCUUUUCAUGUCCUAGUCAGAUAAGAGUUGUUUCAGUUACUCUGGCCAGUUUGGGUUAGUGAACUUGAUAACUUGGCUGCUGGCAAAUUCAGAAAAUGUCUGCUGUAUCUCAAAAAAACCUAAAGGUUACUUCUCUGUUCCAUCCCUGCCCCUUCACAAUUUGAUACCUCAAGAAUGAUGAUCCCUUGAUAAAUUACCAGUGUCUUUUUACUACUUAAAAAUGACCCAGUCUUCAGGAAACAUCUUUAGGGUCCAUAAUUCUUAUAUAUAUUCUCUGGGCGGUCUCUGACUCCAGUACCAUUGACUUGAAUUAUCUGCCAAGCUUCAUUUUCACCUUUAAAGGUUUCGCUUAAAAUGCAAAUUUCCUCCCCAAUUCCAUCAUAAAUCUCUACUAUUUUUUUGAAAUUUAGAGGUUGAUCAUUUUUGUUGGGCUUCUCAGAAAUGAUCCUAACAAAGUAGGAUAUGGUUAGACCUGGAAUCAGAGAUCUUCCUCACAAUGUUAUCUAUAGAACAAGAAAUCGGACAUAUCCAACAUAUCCUACAACAUGAAAAUGAAAUGUAACUAUUGACUUUUUAGUAGCAAUCAUGAAAGAAAUAUAUUAAAUGUCUGAAGUGGACAAAGUGUAUUACAAAGUAGUACAUGAGGUAUAAUCCUUUAUGCUUUCAAUUUGAAAAGCUUAUUCACAUAUAGUAGUUGAGAAGUAGUCCCAGUUAAAAGUCUGUGCCUUAGUUUCUUCAGUUAGGAGGAUGUGUCUUUGCAGUUGCUAAGAAUAAAUGAAUUAAUCCAUGCAAAACACAUGGAACAAUACUUGACAUGUGGUAAUAAGCACAUGAUAAUUGUUAGCUCUUACAUACCUACUAAAUAAUGGGAUUACAGGUGGGUUUUGUUUGCUUUUUUAUAUUUUUUAAUGUAUUCUUACUUUUUCUUUGGUGGACAUGUUUUACUAUCAUCAAAAAAUAACUUAUUUUAAUACUUACUUCCAGUUUAUAGAAUCUGCACUCCAGCCAAACUAAGGGAGUUAACAUCAAAUAAACCAUUAAAAUAGUAAAUUAGUAAACUUUAUUGUAAAAAACA